GCUUAGGAGAUCCGGGUUCUGUUCUCUGCUCUCACACAGGCCCACCUGUUGAUCACUUUAGAUAAGCUAUUACCAGCAGGACAGUGGGGUGGGAGGAGGUAUUGUUUCAUAUUCUCUGUGUAUAUAUAAAGUCUGCUGCAGUUUCCACGGUAUGCAUCCGAUGAAGUGAGCUGUAGCUCACGAAAGCUCAUGCUCAAAUAAAUUGGUUAGUCUCUAAGGUGCCAGAAGUACUCCUUUUCUUUUUGUGGAUACAAACUAACACGGCUGUUACUCUGAAACCUGUCAAAUCCUAUUGACUGUCAAAAUGAGAGACUUCCAGGUAGAUGACUGAGCAGAGAUGGCUCCUUGUGUAACUGUUCUGAUCAUUGGAGCUGGAUGCCGGGGAAAACACUACUCUUAUUUUGCUGUGCAUUUUCCCAAUCGAAUGAAGGAUUCAUAGAGCACAGCGGCAGUCCCAGCCCUGGGCACGGAAGCUGAAACGGAACAGCUCCUGCACCGUGUGGCUGCAGACCAGGUCCAUAUGCUGCUAGUCUGUGUGCUGCAAUGAUCCCUGCUGAAUUAAUUGCUGAGUGGCUUGGGAAAGUGUCCCACCACUGCGGAAGAAAUAAGGCUGCUCUCCCCAGGAACCUUUGGCAGAGGAUUGCAGACUACCUCUGGGAAAGUUUCCUCGAGAUCUCUAUGGAGGAUUCACGGGACAUCCGAGUGCACAUACAAACUGUUCCACAGGGAUCUCUCUGUGGCCUGGGGUAGCCCUCACUGGAAAUGCUAAGGUUAGGGCAGGCUGCAAAAGGGAGAGCAGAUACUCCCAAGACUGGUGGGUAACACUGAAGUUAAACUUCCCAACCAGUCACACAAACUGUGCUUCCGAUCCCUCACACUGGUUAUCAAGAAGCAAAAAAGAAACCGCACAGCGCCCUUGUCAUAAAUAUAAAGGGAAGGGUAAACACCUUUAAAAUCCCUCCUGGCCAGAGGAAAAACCCUUUCACCUGUAAAGGGUUAAGAAGUUAGGAUAACCUCGCUGGCACCUGACCAAAAUGACCAAUGAAGAGACAAGAUAUUUUCAAAGCUGGAGGGGGGGAGAAACAAAGAUUCUCUCUGUAUGAUGCUUUUGCCGGGAACAGAAAAGGAAUGGAGUCUUAGACCUUAGUAAGUAAUCUAGCUAGGUAUGUGUUAGAUUCUGAUUUCUUUAAAUGGCUGAGAAAAUAAGCUGUGCUGAAUGGAAUGUAUAUUCCUGUUUUUGUGUCUUUUUGUAACUUAAGGUUUUGCCUAGAGGGAUUCUGUGUGUGUUGAAUCUAAUUAUCCUGUAAGGUAGUUGGAGUUGCAGAUCCUCAUGCUUUUGCUAGAAAUGACCUUCAGAAGAUUCACUGCAUUGACAAGAAAAAUGUAUUUAAUGGGUCCAGCGAUAGCUUUUGCUAACAAAGGCUACCACAUUUUGUUGGAAAAGCCCAUGGCAGUAACACCUGAGGACUGCAAAGAAAUUGUGUCUGUAUGUAAAGCUAACAAUGUCAUGCUUGCAGUGUGCCAUGUCCUGCGGUACUAUCCAGCCUCACUGAAGAUAAAGGAGCUACUAGAUGCUGGAGCAAUUGGAGACAUCUGCCACAUACAGCAUCUGGAGCCCGUUGGAUUCUGGCAUUUUGCCCACUCGUUUGUGAGAGGAAAUUGGAGGAAUGAAGCAGAAAGUACAUUUUCUUUGUUAGCCAAAUCCUGCCAUGACAUCGACCUCAUUCAUUUUUGGAUGGGUGAUAAAAGGUGCUUAAAGGUGUCAUCUUUUGGCAGUCUCUCUCAUUUUACUAAUGAGCAUAAGCCCAAAGGAGCUGCCAGUCGGUGCUUAGACUGUUCAGUUGAACAAACCUGUCCAUAUUCAGCCAAGAAGAUUUAUCUACAACGUGCAGAGAAGGGUUAUUUUAAUUGGCCAGUGUCUGUUGUGUGCAACAGUGGAGUUUGUGACAUAGAAUCUGUGACAGAGGGCCUACGCAGCGGUCCAUACGGAAGAUGCGUUUAUGAAUGUGACAAUGAUGUUGUCAGUAACCAGGUUGUUAACAUGGAGUUUGAAGGAGGAGCAACAGCUGCUUUUACCAUGAUGGCCUUUACGGAGCAGCUGUGUAGAAGGAAAACCACCGUCUAUGGGACCAAGGGAGAACUAUUCUGUGAUGGUGGGGGACCAGUGCAAGUUUUUGACUUUUGCACAAGAGAGAAAACUGCUUAUCCAACAAACAAAUCCACGUUCAUUCCAAGCCAUUUAAUGGGUCACGAUGGAGCUGAUUACUAUCUGAUGGACAGCUUUAUUUCAGCUUUAACUGAGAAUAAACCAUCCCUCAUUCAGACUGGUCCAGAAGCAACCCUGCAGACCCACCUCCUUGUAUUUGAGGCCGAGAAAUCCAGAAAAGAAAACCGUGUUGUGUGCUUAGAAAUGAGAAAGGAACUCUUCCCAAAGCCUACAUACAAAUGAACUUUUAAAUUUGAGGAGACAGAAUAAAAACUGGUCCCAGUUACCAGGGAAAUCAUGUCUUGUUUAUACAAGAAUAUAUAUGGGGAUGGGCAUUACAUAAAAUCAAACUUUGCAUACUACAAAUCUGUAAAAUGCAAAAGGUGUGUUUAAUAGAAUUUUCUAUGUCGUUUCAUUAAUUGUUUUAGAUAAAGAAAAAAUAUUAAAAAUCAUCAGUAUUUU